AUGAUAACUUUAGCGUCUUUAACUACACUGAGCGUUCCGCUUCGUACUCUUACUGGAUGGCUUCAUCUUAGAUUCUCUACCGAAGACCUCAGCAUGUUCUUUCUAUUCUUCCCUAAUUUGAAUAAUCCCUACCUCCGCAGGGUUCUUCUCUACUCCUUACGUCAUAGCUAUAGCCUUUCGUCGUCUUUCAUAUUUUCACCUGUUGUUCUGGUCCCUCCGAAUUCUGUACUUUUCACUCAUAAGUUAUCGUACUCUUAUUAUUCACUCUCGUUGCCGACGGUCCAAUUAGCCAUUCAAUUUAAAGCACUCUGUCUGUUUGACCCCGUUGCAGUGUUUACCAAUCACUGGCAGAAAACGGAGUAUGAUCGAAAUCAUCCUUUAAGGAAUCGCUGGCUCCCUUCGCAAACCUCUCUCUCGCCCAUGGAACAUGUCCCUAUCUCUCAUCUCGAUGCUCAACCUCCUAUUCUCCCUCCCCAAACUUCGGGGCCGACACAUCUAGAAGUUAGCUUUUCACAAUGCACAUACCCCACACCGAGCGAAAAAGCAAAGCAAAAUGCUUCACCCUCGCACGGGAGGAACCGCUCUCAAGCCCCAAACGGCGACAUGCAUCCGUAUUGUGCGGCUGUAUAUCUCGCAUUUAUGUCGGGUAACGUAAUUAUCGGUACGUCAGUGAUGCCGAGUCUUGAUUAUUUUGAUAAGGAAUGUAAGACGGUUUUUGGCGUUCCUGAGCUGAGGACUUUGAGGACGGGUGUUCCGUGUGCCACGAGAGUGGGUAAGGAUCUGACUUGGGGAUCUCCUCGAUACCUCUUUGGUCCGGCGGCUCGAGCUUUGAUAUCUUUCGCUCUAUCUUUAUCAUCUCCUUCCUACACCUGGGGCACAGAAACACGAUUCCCAGACCCCAGCUCAGCAGCUCGGGGCCAUUCUUAUCAGCAAGCGGUAGGCGCUGUUGCACCGGGGGCGAAGACUUACACCUCGCUUCGCCGAUAUUCUUCUCUUAAUAUUCACGCCCACCCUCAAUCCCCAACCUUCCGCAGUUUUCAGCAUUCCAAUUUCGCUAUUCCGCAAAAUACAUUCAUUACAAACCUUAUAUCCUUCCGUGACAGGCGUCCGAACCAUCUGCACUUUGUCGAUCUCUCCUCUUCUCACGCAUCAACUCAGCACCAUGCCCUUACUCCAUCCCAUCCCGUUGCACCUUCACCCCUUUCGAAGACAAAAAGAACAUUGAUGCUGAUCAGAAUCACACCACUUCCGCAUCUCGUUUCACUAUGA